CUCGUCUCCAGAGAGGCAGAGACGCGUCGCUGCGACUUGAGGGGGGAAAAAAACCCAACAAAAAAACCGGUUUAUGUUUCUUUUUCUUUUUCUUUUUGGAUGACAGACUCGUGCAGCCGCUGCUGAGGAAAGAGGGACGCAGACGCGCCAGGAGUUUCAUCCCCAAGUUCGCUGCAGCAGGUCGUUGUGACAGCGACCUUGUUCUCAGGGGGCAGGGGGGGAAACAUCCCUGGGGACACACAUAUUCUCACACACACACACACACACACACACACACAAUCACACACACACACACACACACACACACACACACACAGGCACCAUGCAGGAGUCAGAGCCCACAGUGUGCCAGCUGCAGCCCAACAUCAUCUCGGUGCGUCUCUUCAAGAGGAAGGUCGGCGGUCUGGGCUUCCUGGUGAAGCAGAGGGUGUCCAAGCCGCCCGUCAUCGUGUCCGACCUCAUCCGCGGCGGCGCCGCCGAGGAGUGCGGCCUGGUGCAGGUGGGCGACAUCGUCUUGGCUGUCAACAACAAGCCCCUGGUGGACCUGUCCUACGAACGGGCCCUGGAGACGCUGAAGAACGUGUCGCCCGAGAGCCACGCCGUGCUCAUCCUCCGCGGGCCCGAGGGCUUCACCACCCACCUGGAGACCACCCUCUCCGGCGAUGGCCGCCAACGCACAGUGAGAGUCACGCGUCCCGCCUUCCCACCUUCAAAGUCCUACGAGCACUGCUCCCCUCUCAGCCCAUUCAGCCCUGGGCAGCAGCAUCAGGUCAACAAGGAGCCGCAGCUCAGGGCCAUCGAGAACCUGUCCUCCCCGUCCAUCACCCAGUCCCUGCUGCAGAAGGGAGGCGUGCAGGCCCAGGACCCCCUGCUGAUGAGGGACGGGAGCCGCGGAGGUCUCCUGUGCAACGGGCUGGAGGAGAACAACGAGCUGCUGAAGGAGAUCGAACCCGUGCUGCGCCUCAUCAAAAACAGCAAAAAGGAGAUCAACGGCGAAGGCCAGAGGAAUGCGGGCAGAAGAGAUAACGAGAUCCAAGUGGCCUGGGACCUCGGCGUGGGAAAUGGCACGCCUCCCCAGCCGGCGUCCGAUAACAACAGAAUGUUGGAAAACACGCCGGCGGAGCUCCACAACGCCGAAGCCGACGCCGAAGACGAAGCCGACGCCGACAAGCCGUCCCUGCAGAACGGCAGCCCCUCCAAGUGCCCCCGCUUCAUCAAGAUCAAGAACUGGGAGACCGGCACCGUCUACAGCGACACGCUCCACCAGAGCUCCAGCAAGCUGCCAAUCUGCUCUGACAACGUGUGCCUCGGCUCCGUGAUGAUGCCCAGCCAGCCCGUCCGCAAGCAAGACGAGGCCCGAACCAAAGAGGAGCUUCUUCCGCUGGCCACCGACUUCAUAGACCAGUACUACACCUCCAUCAAAAGGUUUGGCUCCAAGGCCCACGUGGACCGGCUGGAGGAGGUGAACAAGGAGAUCGAAGCUUCGGGAACUUACCAGCUGAAAGACACCGAACUCAACUACGGGGCCAAGCACGCCUGGAGGAACGCGGCCCGGUGCGUCGGCAGGAUCCAGUGGUCCAAGCUGCAGGUUUUUGAUGCUAGAGAUUGCGCAACAGCUCAUGGAAUGUACAACUCCAUCUGCAACCACAUCAAGUACGCCACCAACAAAGGCAACCUGAGGUCGGCCAUCACCAUAUUUCCUCAGAGGACGGAUGGCAAGCAUGACUUUCGAGUGUGGAACAAUCAGCUGAUUCGUUACGCCGGCUACAGACAGCCCGACGACAACGUCCUCGGAGACCCCGCUAACGUUGAAUUCACUGAAAUCUGCAUCAAGCUCGGCUGGAAAGCUCCCAAGGGACGUUUCGACGUCCUCCCCCUCCUGCUCCAAGCCAGCGGGAACGACCCCGAGCUGUUCGAGAUCCCCGAAGACCUCAUCCUGGAGGUGCCGUUCACACACCCAAAGUACGAGUGGUUCAAGGACCUGGACCUGAAGUGGUACAGCCUGCCGGCGGUCUCCAACAUGCUGCUGGAGAUCGGGGGUCUGGAGUUCACUUGCUGCCCCUUCAGUGGCUGGUACAUGGGCACGGAGAUCGGCGUGAGGGACUUCUGCGACAGCUCACGCUACAACCUCCUGGAGGAGGUGGCAAACAGGAUGGCCUUAGACACCAGGAAGACUUCCUCCCUUUGGAAAGACCAGGCGCUGGUAGAGAUCAACAUCGCUAUCCUCUUCAGCUUCCAGACGUGCAAAGUGACCAUCGUGGACCACCACUCGGCCACGGAGUCCUUCAUGAAGCACAUGGAGAACGAGUACCGGGUGCGAGGCGGCUGCCCCGGGGACUGGGUGUGGAUCGUGCCGCCCAUGUCGGGAAGCAUCACGCCGGUUUUCCACCAGGAGAUGCUCAACUACCACCUCACCCCGUCCUUUGAGUACCAGUCCGAUCCCUGGAAUACCCACGUGUGGAAAGGAGUCAACGGGACGCCAACGAAGAAAAGAGCCAUCGGAUUCAAGAAGCUCGCCAAGGCUGUGAAGUUUUCGGCCAAGCUCAUGGGCCAGGCCAUGGCCAAGAGGGUGAAAGCCACCAUACUGUUUGCCACAGAGACGGGCAAAUCGCAAGAUUAUGCCAAAACUCUCUGCGAAAUCUUCCAGCACGCUUUCGACGCAAAGGUCAUGUCGAUGGACGAGUACGACGUGGUGGACCUGGAGCACGAGACGCUGGUGCUCAUGGUAACCAGCACCUUCGGCAACGGGGACCCACCGGAAAACGGAGAGAAAUUCGGAGCUGCCUUAAUGGAGAUACGCCACCCAACGUCCAACACGGAAGACAGGAAGAGCUACAAGGUCCGUUUCAACAGCGUGUCCUCCUACUCCGACACCCGCAAGUCCUCCAGCGACGAGCCAGAGGUCAAGGUUAACCUCGAGGGCACCGGACCGCUCGCCAACGUCAGUGGAGAGUUUGCCGACCUGUUAAAGAAGAAGGGGCCACAAAAACUAUCAAACAAAAAGCUGAGGUUUUCAGUGUUUGGCCUUGGCUCCAGGGCCUACCCACACUUCUGCGCCUUUGCCCACGCUGUGGACACGCUGUUUGAAGAGCUCGGGGGGGAGCGCAUCCUACGCAUGGGGGAAGGAGAUGAGCUGUGUGGCCAGGAGGAGUCGUUCAGAACCUGGGCCAAGAAGGUUUUUAAGGCCGCCUGCGACGUGUUCUGCGUCGGCGACGACGUGAACAUCGAGAAGGCCAACGACUCCUUGAUCAGCAACGACCGCAGCUGGAAGAAGAGCAAGUUCCGCUUGACGUACACGGCCGAGGCCCCGGCCCUCACGGAAGCGUUGAACAGUGUUCACAAGAAGAAGGUGUUCGCGGCAAAGAUGCUAGAAUCUCAAAACUUGCAAAGUCCCAAAUCCAAUCGCUCCACCAUAUUUGUGCGGCUCCACACAAACAACCACGAGAGGCUGAGCUACCAGCCCGGCGACCAUCUGGGCAUCUUCCCCGGCAACCACGAGGACCUCGUGACGGCUCUCCUAGAGAAACUGGAGGACGCUCCGCCUGUCAAUCAAAUUGUGAAAGUGGAGUUCCUGGAGGAGAGGAACACCGCCCUAGGUGCAAUCAGUAACUGGACCAACGAGACUCGCAUCCCUCCCUGCACCAUCUACCAGGCCUUCCAGUACUUCCUGGACAUCACCACCCCACCGAGCCCCGUGCUGCUGCAGCAGUUCGCCGCUCUGGCGACCAACGACAAGCAGAAAAAGAAGCUGGAGCUCCUCAGUAAGGGCCUGCAGGAGUACGAGGAGUGGAAGUGGUACAACAAUCCGACGAUGGUGGAGGUGCUGGAGGAGUUCCCCUCCAUCCAGAUGCCCUCCACUCUGCUGCUCACCCAGCUGCCCCUGCUGCAGCCCCGCUACUACUCCAUCAGCUCCUCUACAGACCUGCACCCGGGAGAGAUCCACCUCACCGUCGCUGUGGUCUCUUACCAGGCCAGAGAUGGAGAGGGACCGAUCCACCAUGGAGUGUGCUCGUCGUGGCUCAACAGGAUAGAGAAGGGGGAGAUGGUGCCGUGCUUUGUCCGGGGUGCAGCAUCAUUCCGACUUCCCAAAGACAACCAAGCACCUUGUAUCCUGGUGGGACCAGGAACAGGUAUCGCCCCAUUCAGAAGCUUCUGGCAACAGAGGCUGUAUGACCUUGAACACAACGGACUCGAGCCGUGCCCCAUGAUCCUGGUGUUUGGAUGCCGGCAGUCUGAGAUGGACCACAUCUACAAGGAGGAGACGAUCCAGGCCAAGAACAAGGGAGUGUUCAAGGAGCUCUACACGGCCUAUUCCAGAGAACCCGACAAACCAAAGAAAUAUGUACAGGAUGUACUGCGCGAGCAGCUGUCGGAGAUGGUGUACCAGUGCCUGAGGGAGGAGGGGGGACACAUCUACGUGUGCGGGGAUGUGACGAUGGCCGGGGACGUUCUCAAGACCAUCCAGCACAUCAUCAAGCAGCAGGCCGACAUGACGCUGGAGGACGCCGGCUUCUUCAUCAGCAAGCUGCGGGAUGAGAACCGCUACCAUGAGGACAUCUUCGGGGUCACCCUGCGCACCUACGAGGUCACCAACCGGCUUCGUUCAGAGUCCAUAGCCUACAUUGAGGAGAGCAAAAAGGACUCAGAUGAGGACGAGAGGCAGUCGCGCUGCCGCUGUGGUCAUUCGCUGCUUUCCAAUGAGUCAGGGUUGUAAUUUUUGAAUAUGUUUGUGCAGGGGACCACGUUGCUUAUUGAUCCCCCCCCCCCCCCCCCCCCCCCCC